AUGGAACCAGUCCAUUUGGACAAGGCAUUCGAGCUUUUCUGCAAUGGAGAAUCAUUCUACGGACCGUAUUGGGAUCAUGUUUUAGGGUAUUGGAAUGCAAGUUUGGAACAGCCGGACAGAAUCUUGUUCUUGAAAUACGAGGAGAUGAUGGAAGAUGCAUGUUUUUACACCAAGAAAUUAGCUGAGUUCAUGGGCUAUGGAUUCACACUAAGGAAGAGAAGAAAGGAAUGGUUGAGAAGAUCGUGGAAAUGUGUAGCUUCGAGAUUAAGGAAUCUGGAAGUGAACAAGGAUGGAAAGGUUGGGAAGAACGGCCCAUGGGAGAUGAAGAAUAAUCUCUUCUUUCGCGAAGGAAGAAUCAGAGACUGGGAAAAUCACUUGACGCCGGACAUGGCUAAACACAUGGAUUUCAUUACUCACAGCAAAUUAAGUGGUUCGGAUCUAAAUCUACUCUAUCAUAAAAAAUAA